AGCAGUUUGUUUUGCUAGCCCUCCACCAGGUUCAGGUCGGGCGCUCAACAGGUACAAUAGGGAGUGUCUAAAAUGGAAGAAGGUCUGAUGUGGUAUCAAAAAGCUCCAUUUUUCAUUCACCUCUGACUGCUGAACUGAAGAACACGAGGCGUCACAGGUCGAGUGCUAGAACGUGUGUGGAACAGAGGGGGCGCUGUACUACAGAGCACACUGAGAUGUGUGAAAGUGAAAUAGAGGUAGAAGCAGAAGCUGCAGCUGUUCAUUAGCACUGAGAGUCGAGUGUGUAUGUGGUUGAAGUGGAUUUGUACAGCUCCUGCGGAGAGCUGCUGCACUAGGCGAGAUGUCCAGACCGAGUGCUCUCACUGCUGCGGUGGCCACCUUGUUAGGAGCCACUCUCGGAGGACUGUUCCUGUGGCGCAGCAUACACACACACAAGAAAAAAACUCUUAAAAAUCUCUCGUCCAAAAAAGACUCUCAUCCAUUGUCUGUCAAGCAACUCGGAUCUCUGGAUUUAAGCACUACUGUACAGCAUCCACAACAAGAGCUCAUAACACCACCACCUUUCAAAACUCCCAAACGACUUUCAUUGCCAUCAGCUGACACAUUACUAAAUGUUCCAGCUGUUGUGGUGAGCUCUUUAAAAGAGUGGGAGGAACAUUGGCCCUCGUUUGAGCAGGACCUGUCAGUCUUUCCUGUCCUGGGUUUAGACUGUGAAUGGGUGUCUGUUAAAGGGAAAGCAUGUGCAGUGUCUUUACUUCAAAUGGCUACACACACUGGCCGCUGUAUGCUGGUCAGACUUCUGGCGUUUCGUGAUGCCCAGCUGCCUUUACCCAAAGGUUUGCUGCAGGUGCUGCGAGACCCCCAUGUGCUGAAGGUUGGUGUGGGCUGUUAUGAGGAUGGCAAGCGUCUGGCACAUGAUCAUGGAGUGGCUCUAGUGUGCACAGUGGACUUGCGUUAUUUAGCAAUUAGGCAAAAGCAUGCUGUGCUGAAUAAUGGGUUGAGUUUAAAGUCCAUGGCUGCUGAUCUGCUCAACAUCACCCUGGACAAAUCACUGGUGCUGCGUUGCAGUAACUGGGAAGCUAAACACCUUAGCCAGCAGCAGAUGUCGUAUGCUGCCCGUGAUGCACAGAUCUCCAUUUCUCUGUUUCUUCACCUGCUCGGACUUCAUUCUGAGCCCUGCUAUCUGAAUGAGGGUGAGACCGUCUACUCCAAGCUGGCUGGUUAUUGCCAGGGCCUGGUGGAUGUGCCUUUCAGGGGGCGAGGUGAAGGGUCUGAGGGUGAGCGCAGGCGCAGAAGCCGUCGGUCUACUGUAGACAGCCCUGAAUCUGGAGAUCAGCAAGUACCAGAUCCUCGCAGAAACAAGAGGAAAGCACUCGGGGCUGGUUAUUCAGCCAGAAAAUCCCCGCUUUACGACAACUGUUUUCUUCAUGCCCCUGAUGGCCAGCCACUAUGUACGUGUGACAAGAAAAAGGCAAAAUGGUACCUUGACAAAGGAAUAGGAGAACUGGUUAGUCAGGAACCCUUCAUUGUGCGCUUGCUGUUUGAGCCGUCGGGACGCCCAGACUCUCAGAAAGACUAUUAUCUCACAGCCAAAGAGAACCUCUGUGUUGUGUGUGGAAAAGCGGAAUCCUAUAUCAGGAAGAACAUCGUUCCACACGAGUACAGACGCCACUUCCCGGCCGAGAUGAAGGACCACAACUCGCAUGAUAUCCUGCUGCUGUGCACCGCUUGCCAUGCGGCGUCUAAUGUGUACGACGGCUUCCUGAAGCAGCAGCUGGCUGAUGAGUUCUCUGCCCCUCAGGGCUGUGAGGAAGGUGUGAGGAUGCUGGAGGAUUCAGAUCGACGGCGGGUGCGAUCAGCUGCUCGUGCCCUACUUAGUGUCAACGAAAACAUGCCCCCCUCAAGAAAAGAAGAGCUCCUGUCUGUAGUUCAAAUGUACCUCUGUAGGGAGGCAGAGGAGGGGGAUAAGGAGAAUACAGAGGUGAUAAAGGUAGAGGUCACAGAGGAAAUGCUGCAAACAGCUGCCAACCUGGAGACAAGGAUCUUCAACGAGAGCUAUGUACCACAUGGGCUGAAGGUAGUACAGGCAUUCGCUGAGCGUGGGCUGCCCGGGCUGAUCGACCUGGAGCGCCGCUGGCGUCAACACUUUUUAAACAGCAUGCAACCCAGCCAUCUUCCACCGCUCUGGUCUGUCGAUCACAACCACCAGAAAUACCUGAGCAAAUACGGAGAGGACCUGCACAUCAGUCUGAACUGAGCACACAUACUGCACUUCCCCCCUACAGGUAGGAGAGUCAGUGCAGUUUGGGACGGACCCGGGCGGUCUUGCCCCAGACAAGAUGGUUUUUCAGUGCGAUUUAAAGAGAUGGACUCGCUUGAUCCUACUCCAGUGAGAAAUUAGCCUAAUGGCUGUUCAGUGACUGCACAUAAAAUGUACAACUACAAGCUUUGUGACUCAGAGAUCCAAGUAGUGAUGGUUCUAGACGGUAAAAAAAAAAAAUCAGGAACGAAUGGUAGAGAUUGUGUAUACUAAAAUAUAUAUUGUGACAGGAGAACAGUUCUUUAAAAAAAACUUUAAAAUGAAACCUGAAUAUUUUAAACAGCCCAAACCUGCCCAAAGUUUCUUAGAAAUAGGUUAAAAUAUAAAAAAAAAAGAUAAUUUACAUUUAUUGCAGGUUUGUGGCCAAGAUUUUGAGAAAAUAUGUGGUAAAUCUAUACUUUUGCACUAUAGGGCUAUAUGUUUCGGUAAUCAGUACGUACUUUAUUUAUUCAUCUUAUUUGUCAGUCUUUUAUGAUGGAUUUGACAUUAUUCUAAAUUCUACUUCCGUACAUGAGCAGCUCCUCUGUUUUUGAACAUUCUAUGCUUAUUUUGGUUUAUGACCAUUUACUAAUUUGAUAGAAUGUGGAUUCUUUCUUUCUUGAUUCUGUAUUUUUUUCCUCAUAUCGGAGUCAGGACACCUCAAAGUGGAUCUUAUCCCCUGACUUAGAUUGAGGACGUUUACAUUUUACAUAUUCGAGAAUGUUAUUACAGCCAGAAAGAAAGGAGUUGGCUUUAUGUUUCUAAUAAUGAUCCUUUAGCCAGGGACAGAGAUUUCCACAUUUCAGCAGGUAGAAUUUCAUUUGCUGUAACUAAAGAAACACUACAGCUUUCUUUUAUUUACAUUUGUCCAGAUGUAACCCUUUAAAAGCUGUUAUGUUUCCUUACAUUGUUAUUAAAAAUAUAUUUAACGUUCAAA